AUGUAUGAAACAGACAUAAAUUUUCACUCAAGAAGCCUUCCUAAAAUAAAAACCUCACGAAGGAUCCUGAUAGGUCCAGAUACUGCUAUUGGAAUCCCAAAAAGUCUUGUAAACUCUCAUAUUUCAAUUCCAGAAAUUCCUAUAACUCGAAACAUCCAGACUUUAAAAUCUUUCCAUCAUCCAUCAGAAAGCUUUGGGGAAAACAAAAAAACUUUUGUAGAUGAGCUCAUUCAGCGAUUUUCCGCAGGUGAAAAUGCUGAAUUUAUUGAUAUUGCUACCAAAGUCCAAAGAAUAAAGCCUCUUAUUUUAUUUUGGGAAAUUAAAAGGACCGAAGGUUUCAUCCCAGAAGCCAGGGUUGGAGCUACUAUGGUGGUUGUAAAUGGAAAUAUAUAUCUCUUUGGUGGCCAAGCUGGAGAUAGACUUAAUGAUAUAAAAAUGCUUGAUUAUAAAACCUAUCAUUGAGAAAGUGUAAACCCUUCAACCAUUUCUAAUAAAAUCCAAGAAUUUCCUGAGCCAAGAGUAGGCCAUACAGCAGUUUCUUAUAAAAAUUCAUUUAUUGUAUAUGGAGGUGGAGGGGCUUUUAACCAAACUUUGCAUUUAAGAGGAUGCUUUCCUUUGGUCCAUGUAUUUGAUACAAUAAACUUGCAAUGACAAACUUUUAAACCUCUUGGAAGACCUCCAGAUGCUAGGAGAAACCAUGGAGCAGUUAUAAUUGGCAAUACAAUGAUAAUAUAUGGAGGGAUUGAUAGUAACAGUAGAGUUCUUUCAGACCUAUGUGGGCUUAACCUUGAAGCCAUGCAAUGAUUUGUAACCAAAAUUGAUAAAGGGUCUGUAAAGCCAGGACCAAGGCAUUCGUUUUCAUUUACAUCUGCAUACCAUCCAGGGGUUUUUAGACAGUCAAGUAAUGAUAUUUUUUCUUUACCAAAUGUCUAUGAUGAUAUUUUUACAAGAAAAACAUCAGGAAUUUAUCUAUUUGGAGGAAUGAAUCACCACGGUGUAAUAUUCAAUGAUUUAUAUAUGCUACAGCCAAAACGAAAAAGCAUUAGAGACGAUGAGAGCAUUUUAAAAUGGGUAAAACUGGAGCCUUCUGGUAAAGCUCCGCUACCGAGGUAUAAUCAUUCAUCUGCUCUUUGUGGAGGAUGACUGUAUACUAUACUAGACUGCCCUACAAUAAUAGAUUAAAGUUAUACCUUAUUUUAUAUUUCAAUAAGGUUAGAAUGUAUUGUAUUUUUGUGCAUAAGGGAUAUGCAGGGCAUAUAUCAUUGGUGGGAGAAAUGAUACUGCUUCUUUUGAAACCAUAGGGAAUGAAGUCAGUGAUAUUGCUGCUUAUAAUAUUGCUAGUUGCCGAUGGGAGACCUUGCUAGUUAAAGGAUUAAAACCUGGACCAAGAUGGGGAGCUUCAGCUGUAUCAAUGGGAGCCAAAAUUCUUUGCUUUGGAGGUAUGAGUUUGGGAGGAUUUUGCCAAACUUCUUUAUUUUCAUUAGAAACGGACCAAAGUAAUGCACAAGAAUUAGUUAAGUUGUGGGAAGAAGAAGAAAAUCAUAGAAAAGCAAAAGAAGAAAUUACAUUGAAGUUGAUACAAAAAGGAAAAUUACAAUAUGCAGCUAAAGCUAUGCUAACCAAAAUUGGACUAAAAGCUUUAAAUGAGAUAUAA